AAAAAAAAAAAAUUUAUUUGAAUUGCCAUAUCGUUCUCGAUCACAAUCAAAAACUUUAAAUUUUCACUACAAUUAUUUUGUUAUUUUGUUUUCGACUGUCAACAUACUGUCUAUUCUACAUAUCAAUAAAAUCUAAUCUUCCCAUAUGAUCAUGAAUAUCGGUAUCUUCAGAUUAAGUUUUAAUUGGAAUGAAAAUUCAUUCUUUUCUUUUUAUGGAAUUUUUGUCAUUAUACAUGUUUUGUCUAUUGUGUCAGCCGUAACCAUAAGCAAUAAUAAUGAAGAUUCUGAUCAAACAACAAGCUCGUCAAUAACGGAACAACAAGAUGAUCAGAUUUUUGCUGCCGAAUCUUCUCAUCAUGAUAUCUAUGACUACACACGAUACAGUGAGAAUGAUCCUCGAUAUUGGUAUAGGAUGGCACGUGCCGAUAUUCGAGAACGUUUACAAAUAUUGCGUCCAAUGCAUUAUCGUGCUCAGAAUGUGAUCAUUUUUCUUGGCGAUGGUAUGGGUAUUUCCACUAUUACAGCUUCACGAAUUCUCAAAGGACAGAUUCAUGGACAUCAUGGUGAGGAAGGAUCCCUCGAAUUUGAUCGAUUUCCGUAUUCAGCAUUGAUCAAGACGUACAAUCUUGAUAAACAAGUUCCGGAUUCAGCCGGUACUGCAACCGCCUAUCUAACUGGUGUGAAAGCAAAUUUUUACACAUUGGGUGUAGCAGCCAAAGUUAACAAAGAUCAUCCUGACUGCAAUCUUGUACAAAAAAGUUCCGUUGAUUCCAUUUUAAAAUGGGCAAUAGAUUCUGACAAGGCAGCUGGUUUUGUCACAACAACUCGAGUGACACAUGCCACUCCAGGAGCAUCAUAUGCUCAUACACAGAAUCGUGAUUGGGAAUAUGCAAUCGAUGAAUCAGUGGUAAAUAUCACCACUCGUCAUAAUUGUAAAGAUAUAGCUCGACAAUUGAUCGAAGAUGAACCUGGAAAAUCAUUGAAUGUGAUUCUAGGCGGUGGACGGCAAUCAUUCAUUCCAGAUCAAGAAUUCGAUCCUAAAGGAAUGUUACAAGAAGGUAAAAUACAUUCAGCUCCUGGAAAACGAAAGGAUGGUCGAAAUCUGAUUGAAGAAUGGAAACGAGCUCAUUUAAAACAAGAUAAGGAUCGCAGACGUUUCGCCUACGUGAAUGAUACACAAAGUUUACAUGGUAUUAAUUACCACAAGAUACGUUAUCUUUUCGGCCUAUUCAACUAUACAAAUAUGGAAUAUGAAAAACUUCGUGAUCGAAGUCUAAAUGGGGAACCAUCCUUGACCGAAAUGACCGAAGCAGCUAUCAAAGUUUUAAGAAACAAUCGAAAUGGAUUCGUUUUGCUAGUAGAAGGUGGCCGUAUCGAUCACGCUCAUCAUGAUGGUUUCGCUACACUUGCCUUACAUGAAACAUUGGAAAUGGAUCGAGCUAUUCAUCGUGCAAGAGAAUUGCUAGACACAGAAGACACAUUGAUUGUCGUCACGGCUGAUCAUUCACAUUCAUUGGUUAUCAAUGGAUAUCCUAAUCGUGGUAAUCCGAUUCAAGGAGAAAGUCAUAUGCGUGAUUCUUUUCAGAUUCCUUACACAACAUUAAUGUAUACAAAUGGUCCCGGAUUUAGGACAAUGAAACAACGAGCCAGUCAAAUUCAUGAUAAUCUAUACCAGCUCAAAUAUCGUGUUCAUUCGGGAAUAUACAUAAAGGAAGCCAAUCAUGCCGGUGAAGAUGUUGCCGUAUAUGCAAUUGGUCCGAUGGCACAUCUUUUUGGUGGUACUCAUGAACAAUCACAUAUUGCACAUGUAAUGGGCUUUGCUGCCUGUAUUGGUCCAUAUCAACAAGAAUCACAUUGUCAAGAAGAUGAUGAUAUGUUGCAGAAAAAACAAGGAUCUGGAUUCCAUAGAAACAAUACUUCCGAUAGUAGAUUAGGAAGAUCUAAAAUUUUAGGCAACGGAAAUGAUAGGAAUAGACUACAACUGAGCUUAAUAGUCUUUCUAUCUAUUAUCACUAUAUGGUUUUAUAAAAUUUGGGACUCAAUUUAUCUAGCAUAAUCUACAGAAAUUUGUUUCAAUUAUAAUUCAAUUAAUAUUUUUUUUUUGCUGUUUCUUUAAAUUUCGAAUUUUACUUGAAAUAAAUAAAUCAAACAAUCAAAUAAAAAAAGGCAAUGAUUGAUCACAAAAGACCAUGUCGUUUGUUACAGAAAUAUCAUGGGUUGAGAAACCAAUCAAAAUUGAUAUGAAUGGAUUGGUGAUCAUAAUAAUUGGAACAGUUUCCAUGUUCAUCAUACCAUUGCUUUAUUUGGCUUUGUAUUAUGCGAGAAAAACUCGUCGACCAUAUUCACAAUUGAUACGAACAUGGUUAGAUAUUUACUAUCAAAUGCAGAAAGAACAAUUACAGAUGAUCAAUCAGAAUCCACCACCACCACCACCGCCACUCACAUUGCCAGAACAAUUGAUGCCAUAAAUUGAAAACUUUUAAUGAAAUUAUUCUUUUAAAUUCAAAUUAAAAUGUUUAAAAAUAAAAUAAAUUGU